AUGGCGCUCCUUUAUUUCUUCCGUGAACCGGAAACCUUGUGGGAGUGUGUCAACUUCGUCUGUGGGCUUCAGUUUGGCAUGUGCUGUAAUGGUUUCUUUCAACAAGGCAAAUACUUCGUCGUCAAUAAGUGGACCCGACUUUAUUCGCUCGGCCUUUCCUGCGCCGUGCUCACAGGGAUGUGUGGUUCCAUCUAUGGCUUGCUACGGGACAAUGACUUGCGCGCAUUCCUCUACAAAACAGACAAGCUGGUGCUGAGUAUUGUUUUUCUGGAGCUAGUAAUGUCAAUAUUUGUGUAUGUUGUCACAGUUGCCUCAAUGCAGAGCACAGCGCACCAACAUCUACGGAUUUACAAUCGCCUGGCAGCGCUGGACGAUCAACUCAUGCAAGAGUUUGGAGCCAAUUUGAACUAUCGGAAGCUGAAGCGUAAAAACAUAAUGGUACUGGCUACAGUCACAGUAUUGUACGUUAGUGCUGUCAAUUCAGUGGUGGGGCGUAUCGCAGGUGACGGCAAUAAGGCCCUCGUUGCGUGUGGAGGCAUUUGUUACAUAAUCAUUACCGGAGGGCCACACUUUACCGGGUACAUUCACAUGAAUAUAGCUGAGAUGUUGGGCAUACGUUUUCGCCUUCUGCAGAAGAUCAUUAAUCCACAAUUUUUUCGCUGGCGCUUUGUCAAAGUGCAGUUGCGUGAGCAGCGCCUGCGUAGUGCUAUGGAAAUGGUUAAGGAGCUACACUACCUCAUAACGGAAGUCAACAAGGUUUAUAAGCUGAGUCUGUGGACCGCCAUUGCCCAUGACUUUACACUCACCACCAGCGAACUGUACAUUAUCUUCGGUCGGGCCGAUAUGGAUGGAGGCAUGAACUCUUUGUUAAUCGCCUAUGUGGCAACGAGCAUGCUGCCACCCUUCUAUAAAAUGCUUGUGGCACCCGUUUACUGUGAUCGCACGAUACGUGAUGGCCGCAAGUGUCUGCGAUUACUGGAAAUGCUCGACAUUUGGUUCCCGGGAAGUCCGGUGGUAAAGCAAAUGGUUACCGCGAUGCUCCACUGGCGCUUAGAGUUCCAGAUUGAGUUCUCAAGCGGAUUGGGAGUUUCGUUGAACAAAAAGACAAUUACAUUGUUCACAACAAUGGUCUUCAACUAUUUGCUUAUUCUUAUUCAGUUCUCGAUGACUCAAAAGUUAAGUCAUGGAGUUGUGCAGCAGAGAGUUACUCAGCAGGAUUGGACAGGCAUUUAG